AACAUUUCUAACCUAAAAGUCAACGCUUCCUUCUCUCUCUUCAACUUUCUCUCUCUACUUCAUAUCUUUCUUGUUUUUCUUAUUCUCUAUCUUUCUCUUGCCAAUGAAAUAAUAUCACUGCAACUCACAAAUAAAUAAAUAAAAAGAUACAAUCUUCUCAUUUAUCUUGCACAAAGAUUCAAUCUUUGUAUCAGUUUCUUGAAUUUCAGCUCAAUGGGUAAUAAACUCACGGUGUGUUUCACCGGAGAAUCUCGCCGGCGACAAGAAAACAAAACAGUUUUCUUCUCCGACCCACUAGACGAAGGCCUCGGCCACUCUUUCUGCUAUGUCAGACCCGACCCAACAACCCGAAUUUCCUCCUCUAAAGUCCACUCAUCAGAAGAAGAAACUACAGCAGCCACCGCCGCCACCGCCACAACUUUCCGGUCAAUCUCCGGCGCUUCAGUCAGUGCCAACACAUCAACUCCUCUCUCCACAGCUUUUAUUGAUCCUUACGUUUACAACACAAUUGACAGAGCUGCAGCUUUCGAAAGCUCAACUUCCUUCGCUUCAAUUCCUCUCCAGCCAAUCCCAAGAAACUUAAUCGGGUCGUCAUUCAAUUCGGGUCCUCUGAUUCCGGGUUAUGGCUUUACAAUACCCGGGUCAGGUCCUCUAGAGAGAGGGUUCAUGUCGGGUCCAAUUGAAAGAGGGUUCAUGUCGGGUCCUCUGGAUCCCGGGCUAUUCUCGGCUCCACUGGAAAAGGGUCAUUACGACAGUAAUAAUCAUAGUAACGGUAAUAACAACAUGAGUCAGUUUAAAAGAAGUUACUCUCACGGCGGCUUUGCCUUAAAGCCCAGAUCGGUAAAAAGGUCACUGAUUCAAGUUUUACAGCGAGCAAUCUCGAAAACAUUGUUAUCCCGCGGUCAAAAUUCAGUAGUUACUCCGAUUAAAAACGGCGUUAAAGAUCAAGAUUGGAUUUUCAGUCAAGAAAAACAGCACCAGCUUCAUAACGAGAAUACAGUUAAUAGUAGUUUGAAUUUGAGUAGUGAAGGUAGUUUGUUAUUAGAUGAUGAUGAUUCUUCAAUAGAUUUUCAUCAUAAUAAUCUUCAAUGGGCUCAGGGUAAAGCUGGGGAGGAUCGUGUGCAUGUUGUUGUAUCGGAGGAACAUGGUUGGGUUUUUGUUGGGAUUUAUGAUGGAUUUAACGGCCCUGAUGCUCCUGAUUUUCUCUCUACUAAUCUUUACUCUGCUGUGCAUAAGGAGCUUAAGGGUUUAUUAUGGGAUGAUGAUGAUCAGUUUGUUGAGUCUGUUAAACUCUCUGCUCCUGCUUCCUCUCCUGUGAGAUCAGGAGGUGCUAAUUCGAUUGAUUCGAGAUUCGGAACUUGCGAAAAUGAUAAUUGUUUGCGGUGUUUAGAUCAGGAAAAUCAUCCUUGUGUGAGCCAAGAUGGGAAUUCGGAUUCGGGUUUUAAGCGGAGAAGGAGUCGGAAUUCGAGGGGGAAGUAUCGAGGGGCUGCGAAGAAAUGGGAAGAGAAUCAGAUGAAAUGGAAGUGUGAAUGGGAUAGAGAAAGAUUAGAGCUUGAUAGAAGGUUAAAGGAGCAAUUGAAUCUAUCUCGAGCUCGAUCCGAUGAUCGAGCUAUUAAUCAUGCCGAUGUUUUGAAAGCGUUGUCUUUAGCGUUGAAGAAAACAGAGGAGUCGUAUUUGGAUAUUACGGAUAGGAUGCUGAUGGAGAAUCCGGAGUUGGCUUUGAUGGGUUCUUGUGUUCUUGUGAUGUUAAUGAAGGGUGAAGAUGUGUAUUUGAUGAAUGUGGGUGAUAGUCGAGCUGUGUUAGGGCAAAAGGCGGAGCCGGAUUACGGAUUAGGGAAAAGCAGACAGGAUUUGGAGAGGAUAAGUGAGGAGACAUUGCAUGAUCUUGAAUCUUAUGAAUGUGAAAGAUUGAGUUCAAUUGCCAAUUUGAAUGCCUCUCAGCUUACUGUUGAUCAUAGCACCAAUGUGGAAGAGGAAGUUCACAGAAUAAAAAAAGAGCAUCCAGAUGAUGCUUCGGCUUUGUUGAAUGACCGCGUAAAAGGCUCAUUGAAAGUCACAAGAGCUUUUGGUGCUGGCUUUCUGAAGCAGCCUAAAUGGAAUGAUGCUCUUCUAGAGAUGUUCAGAAUUGAUUACGUCGGUGUUUCUCCAUACUUAAACUGUCUGCCAUAUCUCCGCCAUCAUAGACUCGGUCCGAAAGACAGAUUUCUGAUACUUUCAUCUGACGGACUUUACCAAUACCUAACAAACGAAGAAGCUGUCAAUGAAGUUGAGCUUUUCAUCACAUUACAACCUGAAGGAGAUCCAGCUCAGCAUCUCGUCGAAGAAGUGUUGUUCCGUGCGGCUAAAAAAGCAGGUAUGGAUUUUCACGAGUUGCUUGAAGUACCGCAAGGUGAUCGACGGAGAUAUCACGAUGAUGUUUCGAUCAUAGUAAUUUCGUUAGAGGGGAGGAUAUGGAGAUCAUGUGUAUAAGUAGAGAAAACCACAAGCUAUGUAGCACGAACACGGAUACAAAAAAACUGGGACACUUGGACAUAGGCAUGGAAAAGGGUGAUAUUUUCAGGCUUCAUAUGUUAAAAAUUAAGUUCCAUGUCCAAAAUGCCGAGUUUCCGACUCGUUUCUGAAGCGGAAAACGUUGAUUGCAUGAAGUGGUUGUGCUACUAAGAUAUAGGAAAAAAAAACUGAGGCAUAUCAAUUUUGCCAUUUUUAUCUCUUAAUUUCUUUCUUCUUUUCCCUGAAAACAUCAUCUGCAACAGCAAUUGGGGGUGGUGAGGGAGUGUAAAGUUGUAAAAGCAAGGUUCUUGUUAAAUUAUAAACUGUCAUAUAGAAAAAUGAAAUUGUAAUUUUGUACUAAUAAAUGACAUUCCUUUUGAAAA